UCCCUCCACAUCAGUCGAAACGCCGAACUCGCGCGUAGGAGGAGCAUCCUUUUCCGAAAACUCGCUUGGUCCGUUCCCGAAUGGGAUUAGUCCGCGCGUGCGCUCGCGGUUGGAUUCCAUUCCAGUGAUUGUCGACUUCCUAAAGCCUGAAAGUAUUUUCAAAACUGAAAAGUGUAGGUUUCAUUCAUAAAAUGCUUCAUUAUGAGAGUCGAAUAAGUGUUCAAAAUAUAGGAAAGAAAUUGAAUUUUUUAAUGACAUGAAAGUAUACAUUGAAACUCUAAUUCUUCGAAAUAGUAUCCAUAAUUAUUUGAUUUAACUAAUACUUCAACUAAUAGAUCUCUGGGAAUCGCAUAAACAGGAUCAAAGACCCUUUGAUUGAAGAUCUAUGGAAAAUAGUUCCAUGUGGUGUUUUUGUGAUUUGAAGUCAUCGUAAUAUUCUUUUGAACACCGAAGCUCUUCGUUUCGUUGCUUGCUGCGUGAUCCGACACCUUCGUAUCACCUGACGUAAAGCACAGUCCGUUGUGAAUGCGAUUGUGGAACGUCUAUAAUUAGAGUCAUCAUUAUCUUCUGAUGAGUCCAACCAGAGGUUAAAGACUCGGAUUCCAGUGCUUAUUUUUGUCGCCGAACAGGUGAGGGUUGGUGUCAAGAUUGUUUUUUCGCUUUUCCACCUUUUUUGUGGUAGAUUCUCGGGAGGUGUUUCUAUUUAUACCGGCUGCCAUGCCGCUGAGUUUCAAAUACAGAUGGUUCAGCAAGAAAUGACUUCUCGCUAAAACAGAGAGUGAGGCACUUUCAAGUAGAUAUAUUAUAAAAGUUCUGUGCAUUGUUCGGCUCAAAAAUGAGCAAUCUUGUUUAUUUAAGUUUUGAACUGUGUGACUGAAUAUCAUUUCAAAGUGUUUUAAAAAGUAAAAUAAUUUCGAUCAUUUUCAGAAUUCAAAUUCACUUUCUUAUUUUAAAUAAAUGAAAGAUAUAUUUUUUUUUGUUUCAUAAUUACACUAUUUUGUCCGAUAGUGUAAAACUGUUUGUCAACUAUUAAGAAAGUUAUAAUUUUUUUAUAUUUGUAAUUUUGCUUUUUUCGCUUAUUGCUUGAUUGCACAACAUAUUAAUCGGAAGGGAAUAAAAAAGAAUUAAUGGAAAAAAUAGUCGGUGAUUAUUACGUAUCCAUCCGGAAGAUUAUAAUGGAUUAAAACUGAUUGAAAAUAAUUUCUUCAAAGCCGGCAUUCUUUCUCUUCUAUCCAUGAUGCUCAAUAUGAGAAGACGGACUUGUGUGAAUAUUUUGCAACUUUCCAUUACAUGAUCAACAAUAUUUGCUUGUAUUUAGCACCUUUCACUAUUGAAAUAGUGACGACAUUUAUUUGGAAAUUCACUUGCAGUUUAUGUGAGUGCAAUACUAUUACAAUGGUUUUAAGUGCUUCAAAUGUCUUCAUCCGCGAACUUGCGGGUCAUGGAUUUUUCAAAAUCGUGCGGAAAUAUGCACAUGUGUGGAUUCUUCUUGGAUUUUUUUAUCACUCAGCUAUGGCCGGCAGCAAUCUCCGUAACCUUGCUGACGGGCACCCUUCGCACGUUCCAGGUGCACGCGUGCGACGGCAACGAACUGCAGAUCGAGUGCUGGCCCAACACCGUCAUCAACAUCUACUUGGCGCAGUACGGACGCCAGGUACCAUCUCACCAGCUCUGUCCGCCGGAAGGGGUAACGGAUGGAGACCUCGCCAUGCUCAACGACACCACCGACUGCCUGUCUACACAUGCACUCAGGUAUGCUCUCUUGCAGACUGUGGAGGAGUCGUGCCGCGACCAGAGGAUCUGCAAUGUGAAGACUUCCCCUCAGACCUUCGGAUAUGACCCGUGCCCUGGCGUCAGGAAAUAUGCUGAAGUCGCCUACAAGUGCAGACCCAAUGUGUUCUCCAAUAAAGUGGUGUGCGAGGGUGAAAGACUCCGCUUAAGGUGUCACCGAAAUCUCCGGAUCGUCAUCUAUUCGGCGGCCUUCGGUGCCACCCACUACGGAGUACCCGAGUGUCCGCAGCCGGAAGGGGAGGGACGCAUCGAAGAUUGCCAGGUGAGCUACGCGACGGAGGCGGUGAUGAGCAGCUGCCACGGGAGGCGGAAGUGCUCCAUCGGAGCCGACGUUGGCACUUUCGGAAAACCGGGUUGCCCCCCAGGCACGAGACUGUUUUUGAAAGUGGUACAUACAUGUGUCCCGAAAGAGAUCCUGAAGGACCUUGAUCUCGGCGGCAGCGAGGAAAACAAAGACCAGGAGGACAGUGACUACACGGGUUUCAUCGAGGAGCCCCGAUACAUACCACCGGUCACAUCGGGGCCUCUCGUCGAAGCCAACCAGCCGAAGCCUACACUGAAACCACCGCCUCAAGUUGAGUCAGGAGGAGGGGUGACGAAGGGGGACGUGCAGCAGACGACAGUGAAGACGGACAUGCAGAGUGACGAAAACUCCGGGGAGGAGGGGGAUGCCAACAGCACCACUCUGGAGGGUGACCAGAAAGUGAUCGGCUUCCUCACCGAAUGGGUAUCCGCCUACAACUUCAUCAAAGAAAACAAAGAGAAGUUCAUCCUGUACUUGACUCUCAGUCUCAGCAUAGCACUAGUAGCGAUACUCGCCAUCCUCACCACAAAGUUCUACAUGCGGCGCUCAAGAAGACUGCGUGAAGAGCGGGCGGCCCCUUCCAAGCCGCCCUUGCCUGCCGACACCCCUGGCAGCGGAGGGGGCAUCAGCCCCUUCGGAGACGACUGCACGGACCUCGAUCACUUCGACUCCGGCGUUGACGUGGUGCGAUUCACCUCGCGAUCCUCCCUACGCAGAGCCCAGCCCAUCGAGGAGGAUGACUGCAGCUUCCCACGGGCCCCCGUCAGAGCACAGAACAACUACUACUACAGUUAACCCCUCUCAACAUCCCUUUCAUACUUAACGCUUCAGUGGUUUUUAAUUGACCUCUUGUAUCCCUCACUUUGAAAUCUAUUUUUAUACAAACAGACAUGUCGCCACUAUCAGUGUGCCGUCAUCACACAGCAGAACAGGCAUAGGGUGCGGCAAAUGUAAUUCUACUUCACCGAAGAAGCUUACAUGAAGUUGAAGGAGAUACUCAGCAAAUGCAACAACAAUGAUUUAUAAAAUAUAUGUCUGAAGCUACAUUUGUAUGCUGUCAGAUCCUAAUAAAAUUAUUUUAUGAAACUUCAAAUAGGGUCCUCAAAGAAGCAAAUAACAGAAUUGUGUUUCGGGGCUUGAUACUAUAUGUAGAAUAUUCAAGAUAUUUUAAUUUUAAAAUUCGAAGUUGAUUCCAGAUUUCAUCAAAUUGCUGGGUUUUAUAAGCCUGCUGUAAAACUUGAACGACCGAUAAAUGUGUAUUUACUAUUGCAGGUAUAAACCAAACUUCAUUCUCAUUUAGAUGUCAUUUUCUGGAAUCAUCUGUAGAAUAGAUUGCAGUCCUCUCUUCACAAACACCGAGUCUAGAGAGGACUCGAAAAAUCUGACAGCAACAAUGUCUUCGGAUGUUCUGCCGAGAAACAGACUGCUAUUACCGAAGUUCUUUUAAUCAGGGAUAUAUGUUUUCUGUGUUUUGUAAACUUCCAUUGUAUUUAAAAUUGAUGGAUCGUUGUUUAGUUCAUGGUUUUUGUAUAUCCAACAAUUUUUUUCACAUUUUCUAUUCAAUUAUGGAAAUAAAUUAGUAACACUAAUUAUUUCAGACAGUUAAUCGACAUUUUUCAAAAUUCCUUUACUAAUCAGUUUUUGUCCAAUACAAUUAAUUAUUCUCAAUUUAUUGUUUUACAGUGAGUUACGGGGAAAGAAUCUUUAUUAACGUAAGUUUAAUUUGCUUUUAUUACUGUUCUGAUGAAUACUGACAGUCUCUCCCCCUCAGAAAUCUGCACAGAAAAACUAAAAUUCCACUGGGUGCUCACUUUAAAAAGAAACCAACACUUCAGUUUCAUAUGGUAACUGUUUUGAAACUCAAGCAAUUUGUGUACGAAUUUGAGUUUCGAAAUAAGAAGAAAAUGAAGAUGUUUCCCAAAACUUUUGUCGCAUUCAAUUGAUUUCGCCCAUUUAAAGAGAGAAAAAGUAUGAAAAUAGAAACAAAACUCCAGAAUUUGUGAAAUUUAUCUGAAAACUGUUUCUUAAUUUAUUGCGAUAGGGAGUUGGAUGUACAAUCAAUAUCUCAUUUGUGCUCGCAAUCAUCCCGCUGUUCAAAGGCACCUGCACGGUGCGAACAAGUGCAUUACAACUGGUCGAUUCUCAUAGAGCUUUGAAAAUGGCGUUUCGCGACUGACUUUUCUCUUGUAUUAUAUAAAAAAAAAAGUAAAUGCAGAGCAGAUUCCAACAUUUUAAGAACUGGUUGAGAAAGGAAGUGGUUUGGUAGAAGAACUCUUCUGGAUGGCUGGGAAUGAACUUGUUUCGAAUUCAAUGAAGGGGAUGUCCAACAGAUGAUUAUACAGCACGAAUCAUCACAACAUUGCAUUUUGAUGUAAAUUUAUUGUGCCACAAAUAAAUUAUAUCUCGCUUUUUA